AUGGCUGAAGCGAAUUUAAUUCAAGAAGGAUUUUUAUGUCCAAUUUGUCAUAAAGAUUUGCGUUCGGCGAAUAAUUUAAUCACCCAUUUUCAAGAUAUACAUUCAGAAGAAAAGGAUAUUUUAAGUUCUAUUAAAGAUAUUUAUGGAAAAGUAAAGAAAAAAAUUUUAACAGUAGAUGACCAAGAUCUUGAACAUUUUAAAAAUGAAAUAUCUCUUCAGAAAGAGAAGUAUUACUUAGAGUAUAGUGAACCGCAGGAUCCUGGUCCAACAAUAUCUCAUACAGAAUAUUUUAAGUCUAUAAGAAGGGAUAGACUUGAUCACAAGACAGCAGAAACUAAUAAACUAAUAAUUAGAUUAGAUAGACUCUUAAGAGUGUUUGCUGCAGAUAGAAAACAACAUGAGCAAGAGUUGGUAGCUUGGUUAGAUGGUUCUACAGUAACAAGAUGCCCAUCUUGUGCUUCAUCUUUUAAUAUAACAAGAAGACAACAUCAUUGUAGGCUAUGUGGAAGCAUAAUGUGUACAUCUUGUUCCUAUUUUUUACCCUAUGAAAUGGCACAGACAAUUGUUACACCAGUAAAUAAUGGAAGUUGUAAAGAACAGCAGACUAGUAAAGAAUCAGAUAGUCUUAGGAUAUGCUACCACUGUUUAGACAUGUUAGAGAGCAGAAGAAGGGUACAAAUAGAACAAGUGUUACAACCUAUUAUUUGUCAAUUAUAUUCUCAUUUACAAAAAAUGAAGAGUCAAGUACAGGGUGCUGUUGAUAUGUAUUACAAGAUAUACAAUUCGUUGAAAUCUGGUGAAACAACUUACCUCUUACAAGAUCUACAGUCUCUAAGAAAUUCUAUUGCAGAUAAAGCACAAAUGAUUGAUACAAUAAGCAAAAAGAUUGCUUCAGUACCUGUGGAUCCUGAGACACCAAAGGCGGCCAUUUUACAAAAUAGUAUUAGAAAAGCUACUUCAAGCUUCAUUAAGGAGGAACUAAUUACUCUUCCUCCACCCCCAACUCCACAAGACCUCGAAAAAAUAAAAAAUGAACGUCUUGCAAAGGUGACUGAUGAUGACAUUCCAAUUUCAAAUAUUAGUAUCAAAAAAGUUAUGGUAACUACUGGCUGGUCUCCUGCAAAUGUUACCAAUGAAGCAACAGUGACGGAAGAAGCAGAUCCUCUUUUGGAGCAAAUGAACAUCGUUAGAAGUUAUAUUAAGCAAGCCAGAGAUGCGCAAAGAUUUGAAGAAGUGGGGUCUUUGCAGGAAAAUCUUAAUAUGUUGAAAGAAAUGUACAAAAAACAACUAGUUAAAGAUAAAAAUACAUAG